UGCUAUAAGACACCUCUCCCUGCCCCCAGCCCCGCGUCUGGCCGGAGGCUCCAGGAGGACAGCUGGGGAGAAGGGGAGACGUGACUACGCCAUGGGGCUCAGCGACGCGGAAUGGCAGUUGGUGCUGAAUGCCUGGGGCAAGGUGGAGGCGGACAUCCCGGGCCUUGGGCAAGCCGUCCUCAUCAGUCUCUUUAAGGGGCACCCCGAGACCCAGGAGAAGUUCGAAAAGCUCAAGAACCUGAAGUCGGAGGAUGAGAUGAAGGCCUCCGAGGACCUGAAGAAGCAGGGCGCCACCGUGCUCACGGCCCUGGGCGGCGUCCUCAAGAAGAAGGGGCAGCACGAGGCGGAGCUGAAGCCGCUGGCCCAGUCCCACGCCACCAAGCACAAGGUCCCGGUCAAGUACCUGGAGUUCAUCUCGGACUCCAUCAUCGAGGUUCUGCAGAGCAAGCUCAGCGGGGACUUCGGGGCUGACGCCCAGGGCGCCAUGAAGAAGGCCCUGGAGCUGUUCCGGAACGACAUGGCUGCCAAGUACAAGGAGCUGGGGUUCCAGGGCUAAGCCCCCCGAAACCCCCACGCCCACCCCCACCCCCCUGGGCCCAGGCUGCAGGGCAGGGUGGGGACCGAAUCUCACAUAGUUGUGUAGAGUUUGCUUCUGCUGUCUGUUUUGUGUCUGAGUGGUGGGUGGGAGCGGGGUGGGCAAGGCGGCUUCGGGGCACGGCUCCCCAUGGAGGAGCAUCACCGUGGGAACAGGGAGAAGCCUGGCGUCGGCUCACUGGGGCCUGCAGAGUUUGGGUUGUAUUUACCUCUCCUCUCACUUAAAUCCCAACCCAAUUCCUUCCAACCUCCAAACUGAUCCAUCCCUGCCUCCUCACCUUGCACCCCAAAUCUAAGCUGUAAACAAAGCCCCAGCCAUGGUCCCCCUCUGGCACAUCACCCGGCCCCGAGACAGUCGGAUGUCCCUUGACAAAGAGAAGGAGGUCUGGGCCGGGGUGGGACAGCCACACCCAGCCCCGGGGGGGCGUGGGGUGCCUGGGACAGCCGUGUGCCCUCUCAGCUGAUGGAGGGACUCACCUGGUUUAAUAAAAGACUCUGUUACACCACA